AGCGACACUCCGCCAUUUUCUUUUAAGCGAGUGAGGAAGUUCGUAUAUUCUUGUUAUCUCUGGAAUAUUACUGUUGAAAUAACUGAUUUACCAUCUAUUAUUAGAAGCUAUCCCAAAAUAACAUGUCCGACCGAAAGCGUUUACUGGACGAACUAAGGGUAAUAGAUUUACGUGCCGAAUUGGAGAAGCGUAACCUAGAUAAGAGCGGUGUACGCGGUGUUCUCAUCACACGUUUAUCAAAGCAUUUAAAAGAAGAAGGACAUGACCCUGAAACAUUCAAAUUUGACCUGAGUACUCCUGAAGGCAAGACACCAUCGAAGAGGACGCGACGCUCGGAGAGCACGGUAGAACAAGAGGCUGAAGAGACACCUGCCAUGGAAGAUAUGAUCGUCCAAGAUGAUGCAGGAGAGGAGGAAGACUCCGAGUCACAAGACAAUCAUACACAAUCUGGUUCUGAGGAGAAGACACAGGAAACUAUGGAUGUUGAUGGAACAGAAAAAAAUAACAGGAAACGUGAAAAUAAUGAAGAACCUGAAACAUCCCCACCCAAAAAACCUUGCACAGACAAUGUACAAAAUGAGGAUGAAGAUCAAAAAGCAGAAAACAAUUUGGAGGAGGAUAGCAUUAAUUUGGAUCUUGAAGAUGAACUGCUGAAUGAAGAGACGGAUUCUACUGCAAAACUCAAAAAAGAUGACGGCGCGAGUGAGGAGCCGGCAGCGAGCGACGAGGCUGCACCAGCGCCCGCCGCCGCUCCGAGCGACGCCGCCGUCGAUGACCAACAAGUAAACUCCGAAGCUGCCGCCACUAGCACUGACUGCAAUAAAUCGGAUAAGGAUGCUAAAGAGGGUCAGGACAAGGACGGCGAGGGUGACAAGAAGGAGAAGAAGGACGAUGGCAAAGAGGGCGGCGCGCGCAACCUGUGGGUCAGCGGCCUGUCGGGCGACACGCGCGCCAAGGACCUCAAGCAACUCUGCAGCAAGCAUGGGAAGGUAAUUGGAGCUAAAGUAGUCACAAAUGCUCGGACCCCGGGCUCGCGUUGUUACGGCUACGUCACUAUGGCCAGUGCUCAGGACGCUGAAAACUGUAUCAAGAACUUACAUCGAACUGAGUUGCAUGGACGAAUGAUCUCUGUCGAAAAGGCCAAAUCUGAAUCGGAAUCGUCGUCUCGAAGGCAGCCGUCAAGACCGGACCGCAGGUCGAGCAAGGAUCGCAAAGAUGACUCCAAAGAUAAGGAACACGAGGAAAGCAAAGAGGGUAAUGAAAAGAGUGCUGAAAAAGUAAAGAAAGAGGGAGAAGUAUCAGGUGAAGAGAGCACCAAAUCAGAAACGCGCGACAAGGCAGACCAAAAAGACAAAGACAAAGGCAAACGCAGCACUAGAAGUCGAGAAAGAAGGAGGUCACCUAGGGAAGUCCUUUCCUUUUCCAAGAUAUGGAAGGAGCGCGACGUGGCGCGCGCGCGCGAGCGGUCUCGGGCGGCGCGCGAGGAGGAGCGGCGGCGGCGCGCGGCCGAGGACGCGCUGCGCGAGCGCGAGCGCCGCCAGCGCCAGGAGAAGCACCGCCUCGAGCUCGAGCGCGAGAAGCUGCGCGCCGAGAGGGAAAAGAUUGAGCGCGAGAAGAACGAGUUGCUGCGGCUCGAGCGCGAGCGGCACCGGCUCGAGCGCGAGAAGCUCGAACUCGAGCGACUCGAGCUCAAACGCGCGCAACUGCGGCUGGAGGAGGAGCGGCGCAAGCGCGGCUACGAGGGCGGCGCGAGCGCGGGCGCGAGCGCGGGCUACCGCAAGCGGGCCAGCCCGCCGCCCGAGUACGAGCGCGAGCCGCGCCACAAGCGCCCGCCGCCGCCGCCCAUGUCGUCGAGCCGGGGGCAGUUCGAGGCGCCGCCGCCGCCGCGGUUCGACGUGCCGGCCAGCUACGACCGCUCCGACAAGCGCGACCGCGACCGCGACUACAAGCGCGACUACCCCAGGCACGUCGCCGCCGGCAACAUGAAGUACGCCAGCAACGGCAGCUCGGAGGAGGCGCGGCAGCCGCUGCCGCCGGGCACGCGCGCCAAGGAGCCGGCGCGCUACGAGGCGCGCGGCGAGCGCUCGUACCGCGCCGAGCCCGCCAAGCCCGAGGCGCGCGCCUGGCCGCACCAGCACUCCUCGCACGCCAGCCACGCCGCGCAGCGCUACCCCGACACGCAGCCGCCCGCCAAAGGCGGCAGCAGCGGCGGCGGCGAGGCGUGGUCGGGCGAGGCGCGCUACGCGGGCUACGAGCAGCGCUACCCGGCCGCCUACCAGCCGCCGCCGCCCGGCGCCGCGUACCCGGACCGCUACGCGCAGCCCGCGCGCGACUACCGCAAGUACUGACCGCCCCGCCGAGGGUGAGCACAGGUAAAGGACAUUUUUUGAAGCAGACAGUUUAAUUUAGCAACAACCGACUUGUUUAUAUUAGAAACCAUACCAAAUUUUUAUUUUAUUAAUCUGCUCAAUAUAAUAUAUGAUACAUUGGAACUUUUGACUCUAACAAGUGUUAUUGUUUGUAAUGGUAGAUGUGGAAAUCUUCUCGUGAAUUGUACAAGCCUCUUUAGUUAUGAUGCCAUGUUUAGGACAAUUGCGGUGACAAAUGAAUUGGAUCAUGACGUUGAUUAAUGUACUUUUAUAUUCGUAUUUUCUCAAAGUACAAAAAUGUGCACCCUGAAAUGUGAUGUCGGACUCAUUAGUACUGCAUUUGAUUAAGUUGUUUGUGAAUCUAUCAAUAAAUACAAAUGUAGUGCAUAUGAUUUUACAAUCAUAUCUUCACGGAAACUUUCUUAUUCGUCUUGACUUUAGUGUUUUUUGUACUGGGACUGACUGAAACAGUCAUGCUGUUGUAUGCGUGCGUAUGUUUCAAUAAAAAUACAAUUGUACGAUUAUGCACUACCUCUGUACUUGAUAAUAUCUUUAUGCAUGGGAUGCUUUGUGGUGAUGCCACUAAUCUUAUUAUCUGUGUUACAGAGAACUAAAGUAAGCAUUUUGAACUUGUAUAUAUUAUGUAAUUUUAAAAAUAAUAAAACAACUAUGUAAGGUCUAA